ACUACAACCACUCCAACCACCACUACUACCACCCCAACCACCACUACCACCACUACUACCACCCCAACCACCACCACAACCACUACAACCACCACUACAACCACCCCAACCACCACUACAACCACUCCAACCACCACCUCAACCACUCCAACAACCACUACUACCACUCAUACAACCACCUCGACAACCACUCCAACCACCACUACUACCACCCCAACCACCACUACAACCACUACAACCACCACUACAACCACUCCAACCACCACUACUACCACCCCAACCACUCCAACCACCACUACUACCACCACUACAACCACCCCAACCACCACUCCAACCACCACUACAACCACUCCAACCACCACUACAACCACUCCAACCACCACUACUACCACCACUACAACCACCACUACAACCACCCCAACCACCACUACAACCAAUCCAACCACCACUACAACCCUAACUACUACUACCACUACUACCACUACAACCACCACUACAACCACCCCAACCACCACUACAACCACUCCAACCACCACUACUACAACCCCAACA